CCGGCGUUAAAAGGUCAGCCCCUUUGGUAAAAAAUGGCAAACCAAAGGGGCCAGCCCCGCCACCUGUUUCUGUUCUUCCUGCUGCUGCUGUGUCUGAGGAUAAGAUGUCCGAAGACUCUCUUGUUGUCACCUGUUCCGUCUCCCAGAAUCCCGACUCCUUCGUUCCCACCUAUGCUCUCAUCGAUACGGGAGCAUCAGGUUAUGCGUUCAUUGAUCAAGGUUUUGUGAAAAAGCAUGGACUCUCCUUGGAACCCCUGAAAACAUCACGCCUACUCGAGGUAAUCGAUGGUAGGCCAGUCAAAUCAGGAAAAAUUACCCAUGUUGCUCGCCUCUCGUUAGAUAUCCAUGGCCAUCAGGAAACUGCUUUGUUUUUCGUUACCCAUCUAAGUCACUAUCCGAUAGUGAUGGGAAUGCCUUGGAUGCGACAACAUGAUGUUACCAUCCGACCAAAAGAAAAUCUGCUUGUUUUCGAUUCUCGGAACUGUUGUCAACACUGUUCACUUAGUGGAACGGCAGUUACUGUCCAUGGCAUUUCGAUUCCCUUACCGGAAUACCAUACGGUUGUCGCUUCAGGAACGGAUAAGCCUAAUGUCAAUGUCGAACAGUUAGUACCAAAGGAAUUUCAUCACCGUCUCCACAUGUUUGAAGAGUAUGAUGCCUCAGUCCUACCACCGCACCGGCCAUCCCACGAUAUCGAAAUUGUUUUAGAAGAAGGAAAACGACCACCGUAUGGACCAAUAUAUGGCCUUUCCCAGGUGGAACUAAAAGCGCUACGGGAAUACCUCGAUGAAAAUCUACCCAAGGGAUUUAUUCGAGCCAGUGAAUCACCAGCGGGACCACCCAUACUAUUCGUAAAGAAAAGUGAUGGGACUCUUCGGCUCUGCGUGGAUUAUCGAGGCCUCAAUGCAAUCACGGUCAAAAAUCGGUAUCCGUUACCACUUCUGAAGGAAACUCUGGCUAAACUAUCAAAGGCACAGUAUUAUACCAAGUUGGAUUUGCGAUGGGGAUACAAUCAAAUCAGGGUAGCAGAGGGGGAUGAAUGGAAAACAGCGUUUAGGACUCGUUAUGGACAUUUCGAGUAUACUGUAAUGCCAUUUGGAUUAGCGAAUGCCCCUGCCACAUUUCAGCAUUGGAUCAAUGAUAUUCUACGCCCCUACCUCGACCAAUUUGUAACGGCGUAUUUGGACGAUAUCCUGAUUUAUUCCGAAACUCUAUCAGAACACAAGGAACACAUUCAAAAGGUUUUGAAAAUACUUGAUGAGAAUCAUGUCCAUCUUAAACCUGAGAAGUGUGAGUUUAUGGUUCAAGAAACGAAAUAUCUUGGUUUGAUUCUCACCCCGGAUGGGAAUCGAAUGGAUCCAAAGAAAGUUGUCGAUGUUCUGGAGUGGUCUACACCAAAGAAUGUUCAUGAUGUUCAAGUAUUUUUGGGAUUUGCGAAUUUUUAUCGACGGUUUAUUUUAGGAUAUUCAAGGAUUGUUGCUCCGCUUACGGCUUUGACCAAGAAAAAUAUUAAAUUCGAAUGGACGGAUGAAAGGGAGGAAGCAUUCCAGACAUUGAAAAAGAUGUUCAUAACGGCACCCAUACUAAUGCACUUUGAUCCGGAUCGAAAAAUCGUGGUAGAAACCGAUGCAUCCGACUAUGUUUCUGCUGGAAUCCUGUCCCAACGUGACGACGAAGGAAUUCUACAUCCAGUCGCUUUCUUCUCUAAGAAACAUUCCCCUGCGGAAUGUAACUAUGAGAUCUAUGACAAAGAACUUCUGGCAAUUGUACGAUGUUUUGAGGAAUGGCGACAUCAUUUGGAAGGGGCACAAUUCCCAAUCGAAGUCCUCAGCGAUCAUAGAAACCUCGAAUAUUUCAUGUCAACAAAGCUAUUAAACCGUCGACAAGCCCGUUGGUCGGAAUUUCUUUCACGUUUCGAUUUUGUCAUUCAAUUUAGACCAGGGAAACAAGGGGCAAAGCCGGAUGCAUUGACUAGGAGGUCGGGUGACCUACCUAAGGAGGGGGAUGAACGAUUGACGCAUCAAAGCCAGGUGGUUUUGAAGCGAAAAAAUUUGGAUUCAAAGCUAAGUUUGUUCGCGGGUUCUUUUUCAAAUGAAUCCGCUGAAGGAAUGUCCACUGUAGAGGAGUUGUUUUUAAAUGCUUACCAAGUUGACAGUUUCCCGAACAAAGUACUCGCGAUGCUUCGGAACGGCGUCCGUCACUCGAAUAAGAUCUCGCUUGCCGAAUGUACGGAAGACAAUAACGGUCGGCUACUUUAUCGUGGCGCACUCUAUGUACCGGAUGACAACGAUCUUCGGCUAAGACUCCUAAAGGAACAUCAUGACAACCCAUCGGCAGGCCAUCCAGGCAGAGCGAAGACUUUGGAACUCCUGAAUCGAGAGUACUACUGGCCACAGAUGCGAAAAUAUGUCGACCAGUACGUUAGGAAUUGCAAUGUGUGUGCCCGUAGUAAGGCACCACGCAAUGCACCCUUUGGAGUACUCCGCCCCAUGCCAAUACCUGAUGGACCGUGGACGGAUGUGUCAAUGGAUUUUGUUACAGAUCUUCCUGAAAGCAAUGGGUACAAUGCAAUCCUGGUUGUGGUAGAUAGGUUGACUAAAAUGCGACACCUUAUACCGACAACUAAAGAGGCGGAUUCAAAGGAAGUAGCGAGGCUAUACAUUGAAAAUGUUUGGAAAUUACAUGGACUACCUGAAACUAUGGUAUCUGAUCGAGGAACACAAUUUGUUGCGGAGUUUUGGAGGUCCCUUUGCGAUCGCCUAGAAAUAUCGCCAAAGUUCUCCACCGCGUUUCACCCCCAAACGGAUGGACAGACGGAAAGGAUCAAUGCUGUAAUGGAACAAUAUCUUCGAAGUUAUGUUUCCUAUCAACAAGAUGACUGGGCUCGAUGGUUACCAAUGGCUGAAUUUGCGACCAAUAAUCACGCUUCAGAAACAACAAAGAUAUCUCCUUUCUUUGCCAAUUCAGGACGGAAUCCAAGAAUGACGUUCGCUCCUUCAGAACAUGGUAGGACGACAGCAGAGGAUCAGGCUAAUGGUAUCGCACGGGAGAUGAAGGAGGUAUUAGAUUUUCUACGAGAUGAGUUGUUCCGAGCACAAAGGAUUCAAGAAGAGUCUGCCAAUACCAGUCGGACUCCCGCUCCUUACUAUCGUGUGGGAGAUAAGGUUUUCCUAUCAACACGUCAUGUCCUUACUAAGCGACCCUCAAAGAAACUUGAUUGGAAAUGUCUCGGACCUUAUGCUAUUAAACGAGUUGUUAGUCCCUAUGCCUACGAACUAGCACUUCCUCGUUCUAUGAAAGUUCAUCCCGUAUUCCAUGUCUCUUUAUUGUCGUCUGCAGCAAACGAUCCUUUACCAGGACAACAACAGUUACCACCACCACCGGUUGAAGUUGAAGGACAGGAGGAGUGGGAAGUUGAGGAUAUUUUGGAUUCCAGGGAUCGUCGGGGAAGAUUUGAAUACUUGGUAAAGUAUAUUGGUUAUGAUGAAGCUUCGUGGCAGCCAUUGUCGGAUGUCGAAUACUCGCCCGAUAUCGUCAAACGAUUCCAUGAAUAUUAUCCACGGAAGCCUAAGCCUACCAGGAGGUAG